GCAUGUACACACUGAAUUUUGAUUGGAUUGACAAAAAGUCAGUCACGUGAAACGUCAUAUUCCUGUGACGACGAACAGUUCUCCUUUGUUUUUGGCAGCUAAAUAGCAAACACAUGUUACUGAGAUUGAAUAACUAAUAAAAAGCAACAUAUUUACCAGUUUUUUGCCCACACUACAUAAUAAAUACAAAUCACCAAUGUUGUCUCUCUAGUGUCUGUCUCACUCUGAUGGUGAAGUCAAGAUGAGUGGUGGUUUGGCUCCCAGUAGAAGCACAGUCUAUGUGUCCAACCUGCCCUUCUCUCUAACCAACAGUGAUCUACACAAGCUUUUCAGCAAAUAUGGAAAAGUUGUGAAGGUGACAAUAGUCAAAGAUAAAGAAACACGCAAAAGUAAAGGUGUGGCUUUUGUGCUCUUCCUGGACAAAGAGUCUGCGCAGAGCUGCUUUAGAUCACUCAACAAUAAACAGUUGUUUGGAAGAACAGUGAAAGCGAGCAUUGCAAUAGACAACGGGCGAGCAACUGAAUUUAUCAGGAGGCGAAACUACACAGACAAGUCCAAAUGUUAUGAAUGUGGGGAUACAGGGCACUUAAGCUAUGCAUGCCCAAAAAACUUGCUUGGUGAACGGAACCCCGAAGAAGAAAGAAAAGAAGAAGAAGAAAAGGUUGAAGAGCCUGAUGAAGUAGAAGAGGAGGAAAGUGAGGAAGAAGGAGAGGACCCUGCUCUUGACAGCUUAAGUCAAGCCAUAGCUUUCAGGUAACAAGCACGACUUGAGGAGGAGCAGCAUAGGCGACAGCAGACGGCCUUCGUGGCUGAGGAGGCCGGUCAGGCUUCUACAUCAGACGACUCCAAGAAACCCAGGAUCAAAAAGAGUGUCUACUUCAGUGACGAGGAAGAACUGAGCGACUGAGGGGAUUUCACAGAUAUAAUUCAGACUCUUGAGUAGCAAAUAUUUGAAAAUGAACGGGACAUUCUGUUUGUCAAGAUCUGCAAGGGCAUCAUCGACCUGAGAAAAGACGAAGCAUGUGUUUGAUGAAAAGGGUUACAGUGUACCAUUGUUUAGUUUAGGUCCUCAACUGUUUCUGUAUCAGUAUUUGUUCUGAUCCUUAGUGUCCUUUAUAAUGAGGACUCAGCCACUGUUCUUUGCAGGCAUUGGGACAAUGUGAAUGGAGAUUAACUGUGUUUCUGCUCUUUUCUUUUCAACAGCUGUGUAAAUAUACCAUAGUUGUUUUACUGUCUUUUUUCACCCUUCCUAUGUAUGUCAAUAUUAGGGGAAAUACAACUAUUCUGUUUCAAGAUGGCCUACCACAUCCCCAUCUUUAUGUGAAUGCACAAUUUAUUUGAAAAUGGUAUUGAAACAUCAGUGAAAGAGUAGAACACCACAGAUAGCAUGUGGUUUUUCACAAUAAUGAACCACACUUUUGCUAAUAAAUAGGAAUAAAGAACAUUCAAGUCAUGAA